GCAAACCGGAACUGUAUCCGUCUGCCGGAACAUUCCAGUUGUAAAUACGCAGAGUAGCCUAGAGUAGAAAGACGAAAUAUUUUGUUAUAGUAAAAUAUUAAUCUUGAAUCAGUAAGGGAUGCCGGCGGGGAAAAGUUACAGGAGGAGGCGAGAGGAGGAGUCAGACGAGGAAGACGAGCAGCGGGUGGUGGAAGUCAGGUCAAAACUUGAUGAACUGAAAGAAAUUCAGAGUUUGAGGAAAAGACAAAAUGGAGUGAGUGCUGCUGCCCUGCUGGUUGGGGAGCAAGUACCGGAAGAAACUUCAAAUGUGGAUGAUCCUUUCAAACUGAAGACAGGUGGUAUGAUUGAUAUGAAGAUAAUAAAGGACCGAAAGCGAGAAAGGAUCGAGGAGGAAGACACAGACUUGAACUUGGGCACAUCGUUUUCAGUGGAGACAAAUAGACGUGAUGAGGAUGCUGACAUGAUGAAGUAUAUUGAGACAGAAUUGAAGAGGAGGAAGGGAAUCCUAGAGAAUGAGGAACAGAAGACAAAGGUCAAAAAUCCAGAAGAUCAGCUCUAUGAAUUACCUGACAACAUUAACAUUUCUUCUGCCAAGCGGACAGAAGAAAUGUUAUCCAAUCAGAUGCUAAGUGGCAUUCCUGAGGUUGAUCUAGGCAUCGAUGCAAAAAUAAAGAAUAUUAUCAGCACUGAAGAGGCAAAAGCCCAGCUCCUGGCUGAACAACGCAACAAAAAGAAAGAUAACAGCACCUCCUUUGUACCCACAAAUAUUGCAGUAAAUUAUGUCCAGCACAACCGGUUCUACCGAGAGGAAUUGCAUGCACCUGCAAAACGGAAUAAAGAGGAAGCCAAACCUCGGCCUUUGAGAGUAGGAGACACUGAUAAACCAGAACCUGAACAAUCUCCUCCAAAUCGCAAGCGUCCUUCAAAUGAAAAGGCAACGGAUGACUACCAUUAUGAAAAGUUCAAGAAAAUGAGCAGAAGAUACUGAAGGGUGGCUCAAACUACUUCAGCUGUUAGUGCAUUUUAAAUAGCUCAAGUGACAAUGUAACUCCAGAGAUAUUGCCUUUCAAGAGUGAACCUAUAUGACAUAAAGUUGAAAACCACAGAACACUGUGAUAUGAUCAUGGACACAAAACCACAAACACCCUGAGGAAAAGGACACUCCUUCAUCUCACUGUUUUGAACUAUUUUCAUCGCUUUAUAUUGGAGCUGCAUGGAAUGGAAACUGGGGGGGAGAGCAGAAGGGGGUUGGCGGAAUACACAAAUGGAACAGGGAAAAUCGAAGCAAGACCUAAACUACUCUGGUUCAUGUGCCAAUUUUAUGUAAAAAGUUGAAAGCAUCUGAUGACUCACAACAAUCACAAGGAGCCAAUUUUACUUUAUAUUCCAAUUCUUCUGUCAAUCUGCAGCACUUUCGUAGGAGCUGGUUAAAAAAUCUCAUCUCUUUAAAUGGAAUCCCCAGUUUUAUUAAUCUGCAAAACUGUGUAUUGACAAAAAAUACUAUAAAGUUGGUAAUUAUUAUUACAAUUGUUCUAGAUUCUAUCUUUGUGUUGCAAAUGUAUCCAACAUAAAUGUUUUAAAUUUUA